UGUAUUAAGUGAAUACAAUUAGCUCUAUUUUAAUCUUUUAGAAUUGGGAUAUAUAAAUAAAUGUGACAAGUAACUAAAUUAAUUUAGUAUAAUUAUUUGCAGCAAACAAUUAUAACGUUCGAGGAGACAACGACAAAGAAUAACGAUAACGUUGACGGAAUAUAAACGGAUAACAAAUAAACUAUUAUACGAUUUAAUUUUUCUUGUUUUGAUAUUUUAAUAUUAACAAAUUCUUAAAUUUGUGAAAAAAAUUAAUAGAAAACAAAAAAAUAGUGAAAACAUCAUGAAAAGUUAUCAUCCUAUUUUUAUUAUUUCGUUAUUGUUAUUUACAAUACUUUUAAUAACAUCUACUACAAAUGGAUUAAUUUUAGCUAAAAAAGCCUUUUUAGCUGGAGCUGCAUUAGGUGGUGUCAAAGGUUUAAUUACUGGUAAAGCAUUAGGUGCAUAUGGUGGAUAUAAAUUGGGUUAUGGUAGUGGUUCAUAUGGUGGUGGUGGUUAUUAUGGUGGAGGUGGUGGCGGUUAUUAUGGUGGAUUAGGUCACGGAUAUGGUGGUGGUUAUCAUCAUGCUGCUGAAGUACCAGUUUCUGUAACAAAAAUUAUAACUGUACCUGGUUUUAUAAAAUCAUAUGGUGAUCAUUAUGGUGGAGGAGGAUGUUGGGAUUGUGGUCAUCAUUUAUAAUAUAUAAUGCAUAUAUAUAAGGUAUACACGCAUGUUAUAUAUUUAUAACUUCUUUCAAUAUACUUCACUACCACCUUAAUUUACCUCAUCGCGGCAUAUUACUAAUCUGAUCAUCAUUACAAGAAAGAAAGAAAAAGAAAGGGAGAAAAAAAGAGUUUUUUUUAUUAAGGUGCAAUCGUUUGUUAUAUAAUAUAAAGUACAACUAUUGUCUUAUUAUUUUUUAUAAUAAAAACAAAAAAAAAAUUUAUAUGAAUAA